AUGCUGUAUUUCACGCUCUUGCAGCUAAUUCUGGUUUCCGUUGUCUCUUGCUUGAGAUUCGACAAAGCAUUUGUUGGGUACAAUCUUAAUGAGAACGAAGCAGCUAUAGACCCCCUCGACUACUCAGGCGAAUGGAAAGACCACACAUUCCACCCAUCACCAAAGAAUUGGCGAUUCCCAUUCUACACCCUGUUUCUGGAUCGAUUUGUCAACGGCGACCCAACGAAUGAUGAUAUCAACGGGACGGUGUACGAAAAGGACUCGCAGAGUAAUCAGUUGAGACAUGGAGGUGAUUUGGUGGGGUUGGUAGAUAGCUUGGACUAUAUUCAAGGACUGGGUAUCAAGGGCAUCUACAUCGCCGGCUCGCCCUUCAUCAACAAUCCAUGGAAGGCAGACUCCUACUCGCCGCUAGACUUGACGCUUCUCGACAAGCAUUACGGAGAUAUCGCAGCAUGGCGAGCAGCUGUCGACGCCAUCCACAAGCGGGGGAUGUAUGUGAUACUGGAUCACACAAUGUCGACCAUGGGUGACCUUCUUGGCUUCGAGGGUUUCCUCAACGAGACAGCACCUUUUCGUCCAGAAGAACACAAAGUGCAGUGGAAGUCGAACCGCCAGUAUCUAGACUUCUCGUUCGGGAACACUUACAACAACACAUGCGCAUACCCGAACUUCUGGAACGAGUCAGGGCAACCGGUAUUGAAGGAUUCGGAUAAGACCUUUAGCAGGCUUGUCGGGUGCUAUGACAGCGAGUUUGAUCAGUAUGGCGACACCGAAGCGUUCGGUGUAUUCCCCGACUGGCAGCGCCAGCUAUCCAAGUUCGCAUCCGUCCAAGACCGUUUACGAGAAUGGGUACCUUCAGUCCGAGAAAAGAUCGAACACUUUUCGUGCAUCACAAUAGCGAUGCUGGAUAUCGAUGGCUUCCGAUUCGACAAAGCUACACAAGUCACGGUCGAAGCUCAAGCUGAGUUUGGCGACUUCGUCCGACAAUGCGCACGGAAGUAUGGGAAGAACAACUUCUUCAUGCCCGGCGAGAUCACAGGAGGUAACAAUUUUGCGUCCAUCUACCUUGGGCGCGGAAGGCAACCUGAUCAGGUUCCGGACAACAUCACGCAAGCCGUUACGCUGACGAACAACUCGGAUGACAAGUAUUUCCUGCGAGCACAUGGCAAACAAGCCUUGGAUGGUGCUGCGUUUCAUUACAGCACAUAUCGAUCGCUUACCCGCUUUCUUGGAUUAGACGGUAAUCUAGAAGCGGGUUACGAUGUUCCCGUCAACUUCGUCAAUGCUUGGAACACACUGCUCACCACUAAUGACUUCGUCAAUGCCGAGAGUGGUGAAUUUGAUCCGCGACACAUGUAUGGAGUCACGAAUCAGGAUGUCUUCCGUUGGCCCGCCAUCAAACAAGGCACCGAGAGAAUGCUGCUCGGCCUUUUCGUCACAACAAUUCACAUGCCAGGUAUUCCAAAACUUCUCUGGGGCGAAGAACAGGCUUUCUACAUCCUUGACAGCACUGCUGCGAACUAUAUCUUCGGUCGACAGCCGAUCUCUUCAGCACAGGGGUGGCAAAAUCACGGUUGCUACCGCCUCGGCAGCUCGCAAUACUAUGACAUGCCACUUGAAGCAGUGCUUGAUGGUUGCAACGACGACACCGUUAGCCAAGAUCAUCGAGACCCUUCGCAUCCUGUUCAUAACAUCAUUAAGAACAUGUAUCACCGCCGUACCCAGUAUCCGGUCCUCAACGACGGUUACUUUCUACAAUCGCUCUCCAAUCAGACUCGCUUGGUGCAACUGCCGGGCUCGAACGGAACGAAAUCGGAGUUCGGGAUGUGGAGCGUCAUGAGGAAUCAGUAUCUGGACGUACAAAACCUGACCGAAGGGACUGAAUCAUCGCAAAUCUGGCUUGUCUACUCCAACGAGGAUCGCGAUGUCAACUACAAGUUUGACUGCAAAGACAAGGAUAAGGCAUUCAUAUCCGCGUUUGACGCUGGAACGACAGUCAAAAACCUGUUCGCUCCGUACGAUGAGAUCAAACUCGGGAACAGCUCCACCGCCUUGGGCAUCGACGGCUCAGAGGAAUUCAAUGGUUGCGUCGACGGUCUCGAUAUGAAGGCGUAUGACUUCCGGGCGUAUGUGCCAAAGGCCAGCUGGCUAGAUCCUAUCCCCGUCAUCACGAAGUUCUCGCCAGGCCAUGAUGCCCAAAUCGAGUCGACGAAAGGGGCGGGAGACAGGGAUUCACUUGACAUUGAGUUGCAAUUCUCCGAAGCGAUGGAUUGCGAUGGGAUUACCAAGGACCUCGUCAUUACAUCUGAUACCGAGAAUGACUUCUCUGCAACAGUUGACGACGACACUGUCGACUGUGCUGAUAUCUCGUCGCUAGUAUCGAAUCUUGUCGGUGGCUCCACGUCUAAAUGGAGCUGGAAAGCGACUCUGAAGGAUGUGGCUCAUGGAAUUCACACUGUCACCGUCAAGAACGCCACUACCAAGGAUGGAGAGCGCUUCACGAACGCCAACGAUCGCUUCAUGAUCCGGAUCGGAGCUAAGAACAACCCCAUGGUCUUCCCUCGUAUCGCAAACUACACUACCGGCACACUCAAGAAGGACUCCAAGGUCUUGCAUGUGUCGCACGUCGCCUCAGGCGCUAACAAAUGGCGAUACUCGACUAACUGGGGAUCAACCUGGAGCCAGUGGGAAGACUAUAAAGGCGGCAACAGCGACCUUCAGACGCAACCCUGGUCCGGUACCAAACGUCAAAGAUGGGAGGGCGAGCACGUCAUUCUUCAAUACUGGAACCGCGUGACUGGAAGUAGCGAUCACAUCCAGCACACCGACACGAACUACAAGGGCCAACCAAGACGCUUUCCCCAUCUCUUUGCUCACGGGCCGUACAACCAAUUUGGAUUCGAUGCUGGUAUCGAUAGCUCAUUCGACCUCGGCAAAGACGGGAAAUGGAAACUACACAUCAUGACCGAAUGGCCUUCGGUAGCCCAAGUCAAUGUCUGGGGCAUGAAUCCUGGCGGUAAACCCGACGCGGGUUUCGUCUUCGGCGAUGUUGACAACGACGGCGUUCUGGACAGACUUCCUCCAGACUCUCUCGCAAAGAACGUGCUCAACAUGUCUGUCCUGCCACCUCGACCGUACCUAGCGUAUCGCGUUGAGAUCGAUGAUGCUACCCUGGCAUACAAGCUUGUCUACACAGGUAAUCGCUUCAUACAACUAAUCAUGUUCGCUCUUCUCUGGUCUCUACCAGUCUUGACAGCUGCAAUCAGUAUCUGGAUCUACAAGGGUGCCUUCUAUGGUGUCAAGUUCAACCAGACGGGUGUGAGUGCGCAGGGUCUCGCUUUCUUCGCAUCUUUGGCCUUUUGGCGUCGUGGUCACAAAUUCGAAAGUAUCCAGUCUGAUGAUGUCGUCGAGUUGAAAAGGUCUACUCCGCGUCUUGGCUUCACAAGGUCACGAGACUCGUCUCCCAUGCCCGCUGCGGCUAUCGGUAAGUUUGGCGCCAGUAAGAAGAGGCCAAUGAUUCUUAUCGCUACCAUGGAAUACGAUAUCGAGGACUGGGCGAUUAAGAUCAAGAUCGGUGGACUGGGCGUAAUGGCACAGCUCAUGGGAAAGAACUUGCCUCAUCAAGAUUUGAUCUGGGUCGUUCCUUGCGUCGGUGGAGUCGACUAUCCUAUCGAUGAACCGGCGGAGCCCAUGACGGUGACCAUUCUCGACACUGAGUACGAGAUACAGGUCCAGUAUCACAAGCUCAACAACAUCACGUACGUGUUGUUGGAUGCGCCGAUCUUUCGACAACAAUCCAAAACCGAGCCCUACCCACCCCGUAUGGAUGACCUGGACUCGGCUGUAUACUACAGCGCCUGGAACGCCUGUAUCGCUCUGACCAUUGAGAGAUUUCCCAUCGAUCUGUACCACAUCAACGACUACCAUGGCGCCGCUGCACCGUUGUACUUGCUCUCUAAAGGCAAGACGAUUCCGUGCGCACUGUCACUACACAACGCAGAGUUCCAAGGAUUAUGGCCCAUGCGCACACCAAAAGAACGCGACGAAGUCUGCCGCGUAUACAAUCUCGAGCCCUCCGUAGUCGAAAAGUACGUUCAAUUCGGCGAAGUCUUCAACCUUUUGCACGCCGGUGCAAGCUACCUUCGCAUCCACCAACGUGGUUUUGGCGCCGUCGGUGUCUCAAACAAGUAUGGCAAACGUUCCUACGCUCGCUACCCUAUCUUCUGGGGUCUGAAGGAAGUUGGCAGACUACCGAAUCCUGAUCCGAGUGACACCGCUCCUUGGGAACCGGAGAAGGAGAACGAGAAUAUCGUUGUUGAUCCGGCGUACGAGGCUAGUCGUGGGGAUUUGAGGAUACAGGCUCAGCAGUGGGCUGGUCUGGAUGAGGACCCUAAUGCUGAGCUUUUUGUGUUUGUUGGUCGGUGGAGUAACCAGAAGGGUGUCGACCUUAUCGCCGAUGUCUUCCCCGCUGUUCUUGAGAAGCACUCGAACGUGCAGCUCAUCUGUAUAGGUCCCGUCAUCGACCUCUACGGAAAGUUCGCAGCUCUCAAGCUCGGGAAGAUGAUGGAGAAAUACCCAAGGCGCGUGUUCUCCAAGCCCGAGUUCACCGCACUUCCGCCCUUCAUCUUUACAGGAGCUGAGUUUGCCCUGAUCCCUUCCCGCGAUGAGCCCUUCGGUCUCGUCGCUGUCGAGUUUGGUAGGAAAGGAGCGCUUGGUGUGGGUGCUCGCGUCGGUGGUCUUGGACAGAUGCCUGGAUGGUGGUUUACGGUCGAAUCGACAACCACCAAACACAUGCUGCACCAGUUCAAGUCAGCCAUCGAAGACGCCCUGGAGUCCAAGACCGAGACAAGGGCGAUCAUGAGAGCGAGAUCCGCAAAACAACGCUUUCCGGUCGCAAAGUGGGUGGAGGAUCUCAACACCCUCCAGCAGACUGCCAUCAAGAUCCACAACGAGAAGAAAGACUCGGCAUCCAAGGGUAUCUUCCGUCCACGAUCACGGGCUGCGGCUUCGCAGACCUCGCUGCAGUUCCCUGAUGAAAGCUUCUUUCCUCCUCAGUCUCGCGCUGUCAGUACAGACAGGCUAUCGAAUUACGAGGAAACGCCUGUUGAGAACGAUACCGAAGUGAAUGACCCUGACAACUACUCCACAACACUUCGCCGUGGUCUCUCGCUCGGUGUACGCUCUGGACCUGGACACGAAACAAGGAUGCAUCCCUCUGGUGAUGCAGUCACACAGGUUCACAAGCGGCGCUCGCCGUCCAGAACACCAGACAUCCAUGAGUAUGACCCAGAAGGCGCGAUAACGUCGAGCCAGGGGUCUCUGCACGACCAGGAAAUGUUCAUCAGCCGCGAGCAAGCAGAAGCUGACUACCGUGAGUCUGAGCGCCGGCUCGCCGUAGCAGCUCUCGAAGGCAACACUGCCGGUGCGUACGGACUAGAUUCGCCGCCUAUCGACACGAGUUAUCGGGGACGUGGCAGAUCCCGCAGCCCGCUUGCAGACGACGAGACCGACGACAUGCUGAUAAGAUCGCCACCCACAAGUGGCCUCCUUGACCCAAGUAGCCUCCCAAUGCGCGUGCGAUCAUCGCAUCACCGACGCAACCGAUCUUCUGCUCUCGACCUAAGCACCAUCAAGAACGCCAGCACAACCGAUUUCAGCCUACAGAAAGUCGAUCCAACAUUCGAAGACAAGACCGGCGUAUACUACACCAAAUUCGAAUCCAUGCUCAACACCCUCAGCGGCAAGACCUCCGAAAACGACCUCUGCGUCGAGCAAUUCCUCGUCGACAGCGAAAAAGAAUGGUUCAAGCGGAUGCGCGCAGAGAGACUGGGUCGCGGCGAUCGCGCGCGUUCUCAAGACAGCCGAGCGGGUCUGGGUAUCAGUCCGCGUCCGGCGUGGCCCCGGGAGAGUCUGCACAGUAACGGCAGUCGGAGUUCGAGUUACUCGCACUACCAGUCGCAGUCUAUGCAGGAAAGCGAGAACGACAGCGAAGAAGCUUCUCCUCGGCCCUCGGGUGAGGUGGACGAAUUCCUUCUCGGUGCGAACUAUCAGCGCCCGUCGCUGCUGAAGCGCUGGCUGCAGACGCGAAUCGGCGAUUGGCCAAUUUACUCUAUUCUUCUCGCGCUCGGGCAGAUCAUGGCGGCGAACUCGUAUCAGAUUACUCUUCUGACUGGGCCUCAGGGCCAGGGUCCGGAGAAACUGUAUAUUGUUGGUGCGAUCUUCAUCGUUAUGUCGUGUGUCUGGUGGGUUAUGUUUCGCACGCUGCCAUCGAAGUUCGUUCUCUCUGCGCCCUUCGCAGUAUAUGGUGCUGCUUUCCUGUUCGUGGGUGUUGCGCCGUUCGCGGAGUUUGGGGUCGCGAGGGACUGGGUGCAGAAUGUUGCUACGGGGCUGUAUGUUUCUGCUUCGGCUAGUGGCUCGAUAUUCUUUGCGUUGAACUUUGGCGAUGAAGGUGGCGCGCCUAUCAAAUCAUGGAUCUUCCGCGCUUGUAUGAUCCAGGGAACCCAGCAACUAUACAUCACAGCACUCUUCUACUGGGGAAGCACGCUCGCAAAUUCGGACGCGAGCAAUGCGCUUACCUCUUCGCCCAAGGCCGCGAUGAUCACGCUUCCAAUAGCCGGUCUGAUGUUCACCAUCGGAGCUCUCCUCAUCACGUCUCUACCAUCAUACUACCAUCAGUCUCCAGGCAAAAUCCCCUCGUUCUACAAAACACUUCUCCGACGAAAGCUCGUAGGCUGGUUCUUCGUCAUGAUCAUCCUACAGAACUACUUCCUGAGCACACCCUACGGACGCAGCUGGGCGUACCUCUGGUCUUCCCACGCAGCACCACAGUGGGCGAUCGGCCUGCUCGUCCUGGCCUUCUUCGUUGUAAUCUGGGCAGCCUUCCUCUUCCUCUUCGCCAAGCUAAGCGGUAGCCACUCCUGGUUCCUCCCCAUCUUCGCCAUCGGCCUCGGCGCACCCCGCUGGGCCCAAAUGCUCUGGGGCGUCUCCGGCAUCGGCAACUGGGUCCCCUGGAUGCCGGGCGGUCCCGUUGCCGGUGCGCUCGCCGGUCGCAGUCUGUGGCUCUGGCUUGGGCUUCUCGACGCGAUUCAGGGCGUUGGGUUUGGUAUGAUGCUUCUGCAGACUCUCACUCGGAUUCACAUCGCGGUGUCUCUGGUUCUAGCGCAGAUUCUGGGUACGGUCGUUACGAUGCUGGCGAAGGCGACGGCGCCCAAUGCGAAUGGGCCUGGAGAUGUGUUUCCGGAUUUCUCGGCGGGAGUGGUGAAGGGGUUGGGGAAGCCGUGGUUCUGGAUUGGGUUGGCGGCGCAGUUGGUGGUUCCGUUGGGGUUUUUUAAGUUUUUUAGGAAGGAGCAGUUGAGUAAGCCGUAG